AUGAGCCGGCACACAUGCCUGGCGGCCGCGGCGCUGCUGGCGGUGCUCUGCGUCGCCGACGCCCAGCGGCGCUUGGCCCUGCCUGACCCCAGGAGUUGCGCUAACAGAGUUCGUCACUCAACUUACCGCGACGGACGUGGUGUAACACAUUCAUACUUCUUCAGUUGGGAACAUGCUCCUACUCGUAACCUCGAAGUAGAUUGGCUCGAUGCAAGAAACAUUUGCAGACGGCACUGCAUGGACGCCGUUUCGCUAGAAACCCCACAGGAAAACGAGUUUGUGAAGCAAAAGAUUGCUCGCGCUAGUAUCCGAUACAUUUGGACUUCCGGGCGUAAGUGCAACUUCGCCGGGUGCGACCGACCUGACUUGCAGCCCCCUAAUGUCAACGGCUGGUUCUGGUCCGGGUCAGGCGCUAAGAUCGGGCCCACCCUGCAACGCAACACUGGCGACUGGUCGUACACUGGCGGUUACGGUCAAGCCCAGCCCGACAAUAGAGAAGCGGCACAAGGUAACGACGAAUCUUGCUUGGCAAUCCUGAACAACUUUUACAAUGAUGGCGUCAAAUGGCACGAUGUGGCCUGCCACCACGUCAAGCCUUUCGUAUGCGAAGACAGCGAUGAGCUUCUCAACUUCGUGCGCUCUCGCAACCCCGGUCUGCGCCUU